GCUUGUCACAAUUGUCUCAUGUCUCUAUUUGAGACAAUUGCGAAUUGGUGACCCUGUUAGUCAGGAUGUAUCAUUUUGGUAUUCUGGUUGAUACAGUCAGAAAAAUAUUCACCAUCUAGUGUGGUGAAAAGAAGAGCAAGCAAUCAGCUGUUUAGUUUAGCUGAUUAGUGAUGAGUGCAUAUUCACAGUGAUAAUUUAUGAAUUGAUUGCACGCAAUUAGAUUUUUUGAAAUCAAAUUUCCGCAAAAAAUUACUUGUAAAUAAUUGCAUAAUACAAUUAUUGAAAAAAUAUACUCAAAUAGUUUAUAAUAAAUGUGUAAUAUAUGUAUUUUAUCUGAAUCAAUUGUUAAUUAAAUAAGAAAAAUUUGAACAACACAAUAAUCGAUAAAUACAUGUGCUCAUCCUUAAAUUUGAGCAUAAUGGAGAAGGAAAAUCAAAAUAAAACGUUGCGCACGUCGCGGGAGCAAAUUGAUUGUUAUUUAAAUUUUGUGCGGGUUCACCCCGAGAUAAAAGUGAACAAAAACGACCCAUCGCGGCCAAAAAGGGUUGAAGAGCUUUGGUCGGAGGUUUCUGUCCUCCUAAAUGCCCUUAAAGGUCCAACUCGGACCCCCACCAAAUGGAGAGAGAAUCUGAGCCAUUGGAGGAACCAGAUUCGGUCACGGGCCAGGAAGGCAAAGGCGCACAAGAUGAUAACAGGUGGCGGCCCAAGCUCAAAAAUUGACCUGACCGAAACUGAGCAGCGGGCGUUGGACACAUUAGGGUCAUUCGCAGUUGAUGGGUUGGCUGAAUUACCAACCAUUGGAACAGAGGAAGAAGUAUUGUUGACGUGGCCAGAGACAGCCUAGAAGUGGCCAUCAUAGACGAGAACGCCUCGCCACCAAACAGUAUUCGGUUCAAAACUUCCAUCCAAACCAACUAGUUCACUUAAUUUGAAAAUUUCGGAAUAUUAAAAAAAAACGUUUGAACGAGUUACAUAUUAUAAUAUUCACCCUAUUAUUUUAUUAUUAAAGGGCCUCUGAGACGUUUACGCAGACUCUGGCCCGUCAGACCCCACCUCAAAGAGCUUCUGAGACAGUGGAACAGACUCAGACACGUCGAGUUUUUGAUGCCGAACGUCACGCGCAAUUGAUUGCGGCAGAGACUGAUGAAGAUUCACAAAGACGACGUCUUUUAAAUGCUGAACGGCAGGCAGAAAGAAAAUGUACGUUUUCAAUGAGUACGUGGAAGGCACUUAAUAGUGCCGCUUUUGAGUAUGACCCUUUGAUCGCCUAUGUUAAUCACCGAUUGGUUAUCAUUGUGAGAAUUGAAAAAAAUGCAGAUAUUGUGAAGCACUGAAAUGGAAAGAAGAAACUCCAGGUAUGUGCUGUUCUGGUGGAUAGGUUAAAAUUCCAUUACUUGGCGAGCCAGAGGAACCUCUUAAAUCUUUACUUUUUUACAACAGUAACGAAUCGCGCCGGAUUUUAAGCAGGAUUAGAAAGUAUAAUUCUUGCUUUCAGAUGACGUCAUUUGGUGUAGAUAAGGAAGUCGUAAUGCCUGGAUUUUCACCCACUUUUACCAUCCAAGGACAGGUAUAUCACAGGAUUGGUUCCUUAUAGACAUCCGUUUGAAGGUGAGCUUAAGUGAAAAGGCCCGCUUUUGCGAUUGUGCGUAGGGUUUGGGACCCACCAACCUCACCAAUGAAAGACCGAACAGAGCCUCGGAUGAGAAACCCCACUUUUGAUGACGACCAAACGAUGACGACGGCAAACGGUUUAAGGAUCACGAUUUGAGGGCAUACCCCUGGAAUAUCCACAAUUCAGAAUAUUAUAAGUAAAAAUAGAUAAAAAUACGUAAUAUAUUUAUAAAAAUUAGUAAAUGCCAUACUAG